AUGGUGGACCAAGUGCGAAUGCUGCAGCACAUUCACUCCUGCGCGCAUGCGGAAGAUGAGGUUGCAGGAGGGGAUGCGGGGGGGAUCAUGCGCGCGACUGCGGGGGGCAUGAAGCCGCGCGUGCUGAAAGCUAGCACGCCGAUUCGCGAUAUUUAUAAGUCGGAAGGUCCUAUCGACGAGGAUGUGGUGUGCAUGCAGGCUGACUGGCCGCUGACGUGGACGCACAUCACGCUGGCAACUGGCGUGUCGGUGGGCUCCGGGAUUGCCGGGCCCGAGGACGUGACGAUGCUGACGCAGGCGACAACUUGCACCGCCAUUCUGUGCUUGCAGGGCGAGGAGUCCUUGGAGUCGUUCGGAGUGAACUGGAAGGCGGUUCAGGAGCAGGCGGAGCAGUGCGACGUCGCCAUGUUCCGCGUUCCCGUGCCCGAGUUCGACCAGCAGAAACAGGUUGCUGGGAUGGUGGAGGCGGUGCGUCUCCUGGCAUCGCUGCUGGUGACAGGUCACAGGGUCCACGUGGCAUGCGCCACAGGGAAGAACUGCAGCCCGCUGGUCGUGCUAGGCUACCUGACGUUCUUCCAGGGUCUGGCAUGGAGCGAGGCCAAGGCCAUGAUCGUCGACAGCGUGCCGUCUGCUGACCCGUCACACGAGGCGUGGGAGCAGGCCCGGUUGGUGCUAUCAGCAGCGGACGGGGUGGGCGCGCACCGCAUGACAGAGCUAGCAGAGGAGCAGUACCAGCGCCGCAUAGAGCAGGGCGCGGGCGCGGAGGGCGGGGGGCAGACGGCGCGGGACGACUGGGAGGAGGCGCAGAGGCGGCUCAUCACUGAGACGCUGCAGCACAGGGUGUCCGCUGAUGUGACCAUCUCACAAUCCCUCUCCAAGGCGGCAUCUCGCCAGGCGUCAUCUCCCAAGCCUAGGGAGGUGCAGCAGAGCUUCCCUCCCGUGGUCGACGCGCAGAUAGCGCCUCCCCUGGAUGCGCCCUUCCAGCAGCAGCCGCACAUACUCGACUCGGUCUACUCCUUUGUCAACGACCACCAUGCCCACGCAUGGCCCACCUCAGCCCCACCCCCAGCCGACGCCUCUCCUGCCUCUGAAGGAACUGGCUUCUCAGGGGAGGGUGUACUGGGGGAGGGUGUUCUGGACGGGGAGGGUGGGCUGGGGGAGGUGUCAUCUGGGGUGGAGGAGCGCAUUGCACUGCUGGAGCAGAAGCACCUGGCGGCCAUGGCUGCUGCUCGGUCUGCAACAGAGCAGGUGCGUUUCUUCAUGCAGCACGUGUGUGAGUUGAGGGAGAGCGAGACAGCAGCGCGCAUGGAGGCAGCAGCAGCACACGAGCGCAUUGCCCUGCUCACCGCUCAGGUCGAAGCCCUCAACCUCUUUCAGCAGCAACAACAGCUGCAGCAGCAGCAGGAGGAAAUGCAGCAGCGGGAGAAGGAGCAGCAGGAGCAGAAAGAGCAGCAGGCCUCUGCGUUCCUAGGAGUUGAUUCCGCAGCGGCUGCUGCUGCCGCGGCAGCGUCGGCAGAAGCAACGGCGGCAGCGGUGGCAGCGGCAACAGCAGAGGCCGAAGCAGCCGCAGCAGCAGCAGCGGAGCGAGAAUCUGCCCUCCACUCCCAGCUCUCGGAAGUUUCCCAGGAGCUUUCCCUCCUUCAGGAGCGGGAGAGGGAGCUUUUAUCAGCCCACGAAGCAGCCGAGGCGAAAGCACAGGCAGCGGAAGAGCGGGCAGCGGAAUUAGCCAACAGAAUCGCUCAGAUGGAAGAAAUGGAAGCAGCGGCUAAGGAAGCAGCGGCGGUGGCUUUGGAGCGAAUGCAGGCCCUGGCCGAACAGGUGAAGGAACUUUCCGAGAAGGAGCGCGCGGCCGCCGCCCGGAUGGGCGAGAUGGAGACGAGGCUGGAGGAAGCUUCCGAGAAGGCGGCGGCGGACCACGACCGGAUGGUGAAGCUGGAGGACCGGGCAGAACGGGCAGAAAAAGAAGCGAGGAAAGCGCAGGAGGCGCUAGGGGCAGCGAACGAGCGGGUGAAAUUUUUCUUCCGGGUGAUGAGAGGGCUCCGGGAUAGGGAGCGGGCAGCGAAAGAAGCCAUGCACGCUGCGACUGAUCGGCUUGAGGCUGCUGUGACCGAAGCGGAGAAUCUCCGGAGGAAGGAUGAGUUGAUGCGAGAGGCGUGGGCGGUGGCUAGUGAGAGGAUCGAGCUGCUGACGCGGCAGGUGCAGCAGGUAGAAGGGCUGAAAAUGGAGGUGAAACGAGAGGCGGUAGAUGCAGCGAAGGUGUUUUUGCAUGAGAGUGACGAGCACAGGCUGAUGGUUGCGCGGGAGGAGUUGAGCGCGGCGGAGGAGAGGGAGAGGAUGCUGCAGGCGCAGCUGGAGAGGUUGGGCGCUGAGCUGGCGGCGGCGCGAGAUGACAUGGCGGAGCGGGACGCCAGGCUGGCGGCGGUGGCUGCUGAGGUGGCGGAGAGGGAGCGGGUGGUGGAGGAGAGCCGGGCGGUGAUUGGGGCGGCGGAGAAGAGGAUCAAGGAGCUGGAAGAGCAGGUGGGGGUGGCGGAGGAGAGGGAGAGGAAAGCGAAGAGGGAGGCUGAGGAGGCAGAGGCAACACUCGCUGCUGCUCUGGCUACUGCCAAGUCAAAAGACAGAGAGUAUACUCUCAUGGAGACGUCUCAGCAGGCUUCCUCAGCUACAGCAGCUGGAGCCGGUACCGCUGUUGCUGCUGCUGUUGCAGCUGGUGUCAGCAGUGCUUCUGGUGCAGCAGCGAGCAGUGCAGCAGACCAGCUGAUAGGGCGGCUGCAAUCCCAAGUGGCUGCCAUGUCUAGCGAGCUUGCGGGGGCCCGCAACGCCGCUGCUGCUGCGAGCGAGCGGAGCGCUUUCCUCAUGCGACAGGUGGCUCGGCUGAAAGGGACUGCCGCUGCUGAUGCUGUGACUCGGUCCCAGGGGGGUUCAGGAGGAGGGAAGGGGGAAGGGUCGGGCUCAAAACACAAGGUGGCGGCUUUAGAGGUGGAGAUUCGGGCACUGGAGAAACGUGAACGGGCAGCUCGGGCAGAAGCGGAGGCGGAGAAGGCCCGGGUGCGGGAGCUUGAGGCGCAGGUCGGGCAGCUGGAAAGCAAGGAGCGGGCAGCCCGGGUAAAACUCCAGUCGUCGCAGGACCGGGUGGGGUUCUUCCUGCGGCAGGCUGUGGAGCUGAGGGAGAGGGAGGGCGCGAGUAAGAGCGCGCUAAAAGAGACUUUUAAGAAGGUGGAGGGGCUGUCGCAUCAGGUGGGGCUGCUGCAGGGAGAGUUGGCAAGGGCGAGCAAGGAGUCUGGGAAGUCGACAGAUACUGUGGAGAGGCUUCAGCAACUUACUCUGGAGCUGAAAGAAAGGAUCCACGAGACGUCUCGAGUAGCCAGCAGCAUCAAGAAGGGCCCGGGCUCGCCCAGAGUCAAUGGAUUUGAGCGAAACGGAGCAUGGCUCGGGCUACAGUAUUCACAUGCGGUUCGGACCCUAUUGUCUAUUAAUGCGCCGCGCGACGCGCUUUGGCUCGCGGUUCUGCUCCUCGUGACGGCCAGUGCCUUCUGUCCGGUGAUUUUGCCGGCCGCGUCAGCCCCAGUGUGCAAUCUUUUCGAAGGCCGGUGGGUAGUUGACGGCAACCGUCCGCCGUAUCAAGACUCGUGCCCCUUUCUGUUCAACUUGACCCGUUGCAGUACGAACGGGCGGCCAGAUGACGCGUACGUACGCUACUCGUGUCACUUCGGACAGCUAAUAAAGGGCAAGCAGAUCGCGAUCAUCGGCGAUUCGCUCACGAGCGCCAACUUCGUACCGUCGUUGCUCUGCCAGAUAAACCAGCAAUACUGGGUGAGUCCGAAGCCGGAGCUGCGCACGUUGGAUGGCGGCGCGUGGUCCAAAGAUUCGCCCGAGGCGGUGGCGUACGUGUAUUCCAUCCCUGAUCUCAACGCGAAGAUCGUCAUGCUCUGGGACGACUACCUCGUGCGCAUAAACGAGAACGCCACAAUGCUCGCCAAGGUCGGGGGCAUAACGGACCCGAGGUCAGAGGACUGUCUGAUAGACGUCAUGACGCCCAACCCGCAGUGGGCGCGCUACCUAGACGAGUGGGAUGCAGUGCUGCUCGAAACCACCACGCACUGGCGCGCGCUCUCCAAUGGGCCUAGAAUGGUCUACACAAACGAGAACUGGGGCAAGAUGAGCCUCGACCAGUACCAGGCGCACAGCCAAGCCCUGACGAGCGUGCGCACGCUGUUUGAGAAUCGCAAGAAGAUGGGAAAGGUGCUGCCAUUGCCGUUCUUCAUGACAGCUCCCCCGCAGCACAACGCCAAGAAGGUUGGCGGCAAGGGCGUGUGUGGGUCUCCUGGGCGGUUACUGAAUGCAAAAGAGAUGGGCAAGCUACAGCGCACCAACGUGCAAAUGAAGCUCUUCCUGCCCAUCCAGAAGCGGGUCUUCACUCCGAGCUACACCGUCCGUCGCAUGGACAUCACCAGCAUGAGCGCCGCUCGCCCCGAGGCCCACAUCGGGGGAUUCAUGGGCGGG